AUGGCGAACGCCAGCGAGCCGGGCGGCGGCGGCGGCGAGGCGGCCGCGCUGGGCGUGAAGCUGGCGGCGCUGAGCCUGCUGCUGUGCGUGAGCCUGGCGGGCAACGUGCUGUUCGCGCUGCUCAUCGUGCGGGAGCGCAGCCUGCACCGCGCGCCCUACUACCUGCUGCUCGACCUGAGCCUGGCGGACGGGCUGCGCGCGCUCGCCUGCCUGCCGGCCGUGAUGCUGGCGGCGCGGCGCGCGGCGGCCGCGGGGGCCCCGCCGGGCGCGCUGGGCUGCAAGCUGCUGGCCUUCCUGGCCGCGCUCUUCUGCUUCCACGCCGCCUUCCUGCUGCUCGGCGCGGGCGUCACCCGCUACCUGGCCAUCGCGCACCACCGCUUCUACGCCGAGCGCCUGGCCGGCUGGCCGUGCGCCGCCAUGCUGGUGUGCGCCGCCUGGGCGCUGGCGCUGGCCGCCGCCUUCCCGCCCGUGCUGGACGGCGGCGCCGAGGGCGAGCACGCGCCCUGCGCCCUGGAGCAGCGGCCCGACGGCGCGCCCGGCGCGCUGGGCUUCCUGCUGCUGCUGGCCGCCGUGGUGGGCGCCACGCACCUGGUCUACCUGCGCCUGCUCCUCUUCAUCCACGACCGCCGCAAGAUGCGGCCCGCGCGCCUGCCGCCCGCCGUCAGCCGCGACUGGACCUUCCACGGCCCCGGCGCCACGGGCCAGGCGGCCGCCAACUGGACGGCGGGCUUCGGCCGCGGCCCCACGCCGCCCGCGCUCGUGGGCAUCCGGCCCGCGGGGCCCGGCCGCGGCGCGCGCCGCCUGCUCGUGCUGGAGGAGUUCAAGACGGAGAAGCGGCUGUGCCGGAUGUUCUACGCCGUCACGCUGCUCUUCCUGCUGCUCUGGGGGCCCUACGUGGUGGCCAGCUACCUGCGCGUGCUGGUGCGGCCGGGCGCCGUGCCGCAGGCCUACCUGACGGCCUCCGUGUGGCUCACCUUCGCGCAGGCCGGCAUCAACCCGGUGGUGUGCUUCCUCUUCAACCGGGAGCUGCGGGACUGCUUCCGGGCCCAGUUCCCCUGCUGCCCGGGCCCCCGCGCCCCGCAGGCCGCCCUCCCCUGCGACCUGAAAGGCAUUGGUCUGUGA